GAAGUUUCAAGUGCCAAUAAAAAUGAAACAUAUUGCUUUUAUUAGGAUUAAAUAAUUGCAAAAUGUUUUUCUUGUUCCCAUUUAUGGAUAUGGCUGAUUAUCUUCAUUAUACGUUGUCAACUAAAUUGAAAAUAUUGCUCCCCUAGAACUUUUUCUUGCUCGAGAAUAAAUAAUUUUCUGAUAUGAGUAACAGGUAGGCGAGGCCCAUCAAAGGAUCGUCAGGGGCAUGCGUAGGCAAAAUUUAGAGUGGGACUGAAGGUUACAGAAGGUGGGGUCUUCCUUGUACUUGAGCUGCAACGAUCUCCGCAUUCGUUGAAAAUCUGUUAAUUCGGUUCAUCUUGGCGUGGAGUUGCGGUCUUGUAUCAGCUGAGAUAAUGAAGCAUCUGCAGAUCACAUUUCUACUUCUUUUUAUUUCUUUAGUAACAGUCAGAGGUGGAUAUUACCAAUCAAGGAUAUUAACAGCUGCUAAUACAGUAGGUUGUGAAGCUUAUACUUGUGGAGUUAAUGCACGAUGUACUCUCAGCGAAGGAAGACCAGUUUGUUCAUGCAUGAAUCUACACAUGGGAGAUCCUCUUUCACGAUGUGUACGAGUAGAGUGCUUGAUCAAUGACGAUUGUAUUGGAAGUAAAGUUUGCACGAAUAAUAGAUGCAUAAAUCCUUGCGACGGUUUGUGCGGUGUAAACGCCUUAUGCGAAGUUAGGAAUCAUCUUCCAACGUGUUACUGUCCUCCUGGAUAUACGGGCGAUCCUUUCACUUCGUGCCACAUAGAUGAUCCUCAGGCUGCUUGUAAACCAAGUCCAUGCGGUAUAAAUACAAAAUGCGAGGUAGUGAACAAAGUACCAGUUUGCAGUUGUUUACCAGGUUACAGAGGAUCUCCUUUGAUCGGAUGCCGACACGAGUGCGAAAGCGAUAGCGAUUGUCCUAACCACCUUGCUUGUUCAGCAUCCUUUAGAUGCGAAAAUCCCUGUAAAUGUGGUACAAAUGCAGAGUGUCAAGUUCAUAAUCAUCAAGCGAUAUGUACUUGUCCACACAAUUGGUUAGGAAAUCCGUUCGUAUCGUGUCGUCCAGAGUGUACCACGCAUUCUGAUUGUCCGAAAAGCAAAGCAGCUUGUCUAUAUCAGAAAUGUUUGAAUCCUUGCGACGGAGUAUGCGGAGUGAACGCAGAUUGUAAUUUGCGUGACAUUACACCUGUUUGUAGUUGUCCAAGGCACAUGACUGGUAAUCCCUUUGUGAGCUGUAGAUUAUUUGAAGCGCGAGAUCUAUGUGACCCAAAUCCAUGCGGUGUGAACGCCGUUUGCACACCUGGGCAUGACAAUACCGGCAAAGAGAGACCUGUUUGCACUUGUCCUACCGGUUACAUUGGAAACGCGCUCGUAAGCUGUCAACGUGGAGAAUGCAUUACAGAUAACGAAUGCCCUGACAAUAAGGCUUGUAUCGAUUACACUUGUCAGAAUCCAUGCACUGGUAAAGAGUGUGGCCCUACCGCAACGUGUACACCUCGACGUCAUAUUGCCGUGUGCACUUGUCCAGACGGAACACGAGGAGAUGCACUUUACAAUUGUAAUCCUGUCGAGAGUAGAUCCGUUUACAAUCAUGGUCGGGCAUGUCGAUAUUGUUAGUCAAAAACAUUUUUUUGAUCGCUCAUAUAAGUGACACGUAAUGUACUUUAAUUAUCUAUACACUUAGAAGUUAACGGUUUAUAUCAUAAUUCCAUUAUGUAAUGGAGAUCGGGUGAUUGUUAACGCAGUAUUGUCACUAAUGUUUAAGUCUACCAAGCACAACGUAAUCAUAUUAUAACGCAGAAACAUGUCCGUGAGUUACGCUGAGACGUUGUACGCAUGCUCGAAAACAAGGCAGAAAAACACUAUAUGUGUACUCUUACAAUGAUAGUACAGUAAAACCCUUAUUAAGGGACAUUUUGCAUAGCACGGGCGUUCCACAAGUUAAUAAUUAAAUGAUUAAAUCAUAAGUUUAAUUAAGUUAUGUACUGUAUGAAAAGUGAUUAAAAUAAAGAAAAAUUUAUUAACAA